AAUUUAAAAAUGGCUGCCCCCAUAACACAAACCUUUAUGGUUUGUUUACAAAUAUUAUGUGCAUUGUCGGGUAUGCUAUAUCCGAGGAAUUCAAUGUCGCGAACCGUUUUCCAAAAUAUGGAAGGCAUGUGGAAUUUUAGAAUUGACACAUCUGAGAACAGAUUUCAAGGAUUCACCGAUAAAUGGUACUCAAGGCCGCUGAAAAAGAGUGGACCUGUCAUGCUGAUGCCUGUGCCUGCUAGCUACAAUGACAUUACCCAGAGUAAGGAAAUUCGGGAUUUUGUGGGAUGGGCAUGGUAUGAAAACGAAUUUUACGUCCCCCCAGAGUUCACCACCAAGAGAAUUGUGUUACGAAUUGACAGUGCACAUUACAAUACUAUCGUAUGGGUAAAUGGGCGAGAGAUCAUGCAACACUCAGGAGGGCAUCUGCCAUUUGAAUCCGAAUUGACAAAUUAUGAUGUACAUGGUCCAAACAGAGUGACCAUUGCUAUAAAUAACACGCUGUCACCUACAACUCUACCACCAGGGACCAUCGAAUACAAAAACAACCCCCUCAAGUAUCCCAAAGGAUAUUUUGUCCAAAAUCUUCAGAUGGAUUUUUUCAACUAUGCUGGAAUUCAUAGAUCUGUGAAAGUCUAUACCACACCAAAAGUUUACAUUGAUGACAUCACCAUAGUUACUGAUAUACAGGGAACUAAUGGCAUGGUUAGCUAUACAGUGAAGCCCAGUUUGGCAACCAUGGUUCAGUCUAUACAAGUCAAAAUCUUGGACAAGAAUGGGGUUCUUGUUGGGCAGAGCAGUCAACAACAGGGGCAGAUAAUUGUGCACAAUGCCAAUCUCUGGUGGCCAUACUCCAUGGCGAAAUCCGUUAACGACACAGCUUAUUUGUAUACUUUUCAGGUGACCUUGACCUCAACAUCCUCACAGAUGGAUCAGUACAGCCUUCCAUUUGGUAUCCGCACUGUAUCCAACACCAACACUCAACUUCUCAUCAACAGCAGAUCAUUCUACUGCCAUGGGGUUGCCAAACAUGAGGAUUCUGAUAUUAGAGGGAAAGGAUUGGACUUUCCAUUGAUUGCUAAGGACUUUAACCUGCUGAAGUGGCUGGGGGCUAACUGUAUCAGAACCUCUCACUACCCCUACGCUGAAGAGAUUAUGGACCAGGCUGAUCAACAGGGCAUUGUCGUUAUUGAUGAGAGUCCUGGUGUAGGGAUUGAAGCAGGUAACUUUGGUAAUGAAUCCUUGGCCCAUCAUUUGAAAGUCAUGGAUGAAAUGAUACAGCGUGACAAGAACCGUCCAGCUGUGGCCAUCUGGUCAAUAGCCAAUGAGCCAAAGUCUGGACUUCCACAGGCAGAGUUUUAUUUUAAGACGAUUUUGCAGCAUGUAAAGAGAUCAGAUCCAACUAGACUUGUAACUUUUGUUGCCAAUGCCGACUACGCUGAUGAGAAAGCAGCUCAGUACAAUGAUAUUCUGUGUAUUAACCGUUACUUCGCCUGGUAUUCGGACUGCUCUCACACAGAGCUGAUUAAUCUACAACUGACCAAUGAUCUCAAAGCUUUCCACACCAAAUUCAACAAACCAAUCAUCGUUACCGAGUAUGGAGCAGACACAAUACCAGGAUUGCACCGGGACCCAUCAUUUGUGUUUACAGAAGAAUUUCAGGUGGAGUUUCUACAGGAGUAUCAUAAAGUUUUUGAUGUUUUGAAACAGCAGUUCCUGGUAGGAGAGAUGGUUUGGAACUUUGCUGAUUUCAUGACAAUUCAACAGAUAAUUCGUGUGGUGGGAAACAAGAAAGGUUUAUUCACCCGUCAGAGACAACCAAAGAUGUCUGCACACAUGAUUCGGUCUCGAUAUAAUAACCUGAUGCACAAAAACACCACUCAGCAUGGCGGAUCCCACCCCUCAUACAGCACUGCUCAUCCAAUACCAGUUGUCUUCCCUUUAGGGUGAACAGAAUUAUUCUAAGUGAGGAUUAGACAUAGAUAUCUAUAUUGUGACAAUACAUUAAGCAUCACCUACAUUGUAUGAAACACUCUAAAAGUGACAAAUGUAUACGUGAAACAUAGUUUCAAAGAAGCCGGGGCACUUAAGGUGGCUCCUUACACCAAAGUUAUAUAUAAUAAUGGUAAGUUAAAACACUUUGUAUGAUUUCACCAUCGAAAGAGUGUUGCAAGCUCUCAAUAAAUUUAAGGUGCUUUGUUAGCAAAUAAGAGAUUUGAUGCAUGAUAUGAAUAUCUAAUAUAACAUGCCUAAAAGACUCAGAUAGAUGUUUUAAUUUCUUAGAUAAAAACGAAAAUAUAUAUUGGACAAAUGUAUUUUAAAAAGAAAUUGAAAUAAAUUGACAAAAAUUCAGACUUUUUUUUCAAACCAAGUCCAGUUGGAAUUACACAUAUAAAAAAGUAGUCAUGGAGAACAAAGUAAUCCGAAAACUACAUUCCCUUGAUGCAGAUAGAUAAAUGAAUUCAUAAAGGAAGCUAAUUUCUUCCAUAAAAAGUGCAUUAAAUUAGCAACAACAUGAUUAUAUUUCAUAUGUUUAUUCUAUCAAUUUUGAUCAGGAUCAGUACCUUUUUCACAGGAUUGGUUCAGUCUAAUAAAAAAAAAGAGAUAUUUAUGAAAUUUGGUAAUUUCAUUUCAAUUUCUUUUAAAAGAGAUAUUUGUCUAAUCUAUUUUUUUCCCAAUUGAUAUAUUUCUUGAAGAUUUAAGUUUUAGAUUUAAAAAUACUAACAAAAAAAACAACUUUAUAAAUUUCAUUAAAACAUUUACAUGAGUCUUAGCCUCAGGUUUUGUUAGAUAUUUAUACCCCCGCAACAAGUUGUGGGGGGGUAUACUGGAAUCGGGUUGUCUAUCUGUCUGUCCGUCCGUCUGUAGACGCAAUGGUUUCCGGGCUCUAAAGCAUUAUCCUUUCCAUCUACCGUCACUAUAUCAUAAAUAUGGACUACCCAUGGAAUGAAGAUGUUCCCUAUCGAUUUUGGGGUCAAAAGGUCAAAGGUCAAGCGCACUGGACAUCGAAGUAGCAAUAUGGUUUCCGGGCUCUAAUGCAUUAUCCUUUCCACCUACAGUCACCAUAUCAUACAUAUGGACUACCCAUGGGAUGAAGAUGUUCCCUAUCGAUUUUAGGGUCAAAAGGUCAAAGGUCACGCGCACUGGACAUCGAAGUAGAAAUAUGGUUUCCGGGCUCUAAAGUGUUAUCCUUUCCACCUACAGUCACCAUAUCAUACAUAUGGACUACCCAUGGGAUGAAGAUGUUCCCUAUCGAUUUUGGGGUCAAAAGGUCAAAGGUCAAGCACACUGGACAUCGAAGAAGCAAUAUGGUUUCCGGACUCUAAAGCGUUAUCCUUUCCACCUACAGUCACCAUAUCAUACAUAUGGACUACCCAUGGGAUGAAGAUGUUCCCUAUCGAUUUUGGGGUCAAAAGGUCAAAGGUCAUGCUCACUGGACACCGAAGUAGCAAUAUGGUUCGGUUUGUCAUGCCAUUUGUUUUUUACACUCAGAAAAGAGGUAGUUUAUACCUAUUACCAACACCCUUUGGGAGAUUGGGGUAAGCGGGGGGUAUUCUUAGUGAGCAUUGCUCACAGUACCUCUUCUUAUACCAUGAAUAAAAUCAAUGCGAAGUUUGGAUUUUAAAAUAUAUUAUUUGCAAACAAAACAACUUUUUCAUCAUUCCAGAAGAAUCAUAAAAAAAAAUUAACAUGAAAUAGUUCAGAGCUUGUAUCACUCUUUUGAGGGUGAAAUCAUGCUUCAUACGAGGUGCUUAAAGGAGCCAUUUUAGUGUGAUGAACUACCUUGAGCAUCUGCAAAUCAGGACACUUACUUAGAAUAUAUCUGUGUGUGUGUGUGUAUAUAUAUAUAUAUAUAUAACACAGAAGUAGAAAAGGCAAGAAGGAAGAAACACAACUGAACGAUUGUUAAAUGAUAGUGUGAAUGAUUGAUACUAUGUGUACAUGAAUAUGUUUUGAACAUUCGCCAUUGAAUUCCAAAUCAUGACCUCUCGCACAACGUGUUCGCAAUACAUCGACGUAAAUGUGCCAAAUUAAUAAAGUUUUUUUGCUGAAUGUA